GGCUGCAACUAAGAUGAAGUACUUGACGUGUGGACUGCUCUUGUUGGCACUGUUGCCGUCGCUGAUCAGCGCUUAUCCCAGCACUGUGGUGGUGAAUGGCGUUUGCUUGACUUGUCCCAAUCCAAAUGGUGAUUCGGUGUAUAUAGACGGCCAGGAGUAUCGCAGCUUUAACAACGGCAAUGUGGUUGUCAGUCGUCCGGGUUAUAACAAUGGACGCAACACGAUCGUGAGGCGUGGCGGUUCGACUGUGGUCAACGGCAACUGUGAAAUAUGCAAUGUGGAUAUAUAAAAGGCUGUAAAUAUGUUCAGUAAAGACCUGCAUGUGCAUGCAUUUGCAUAACAGCAAAGUUUUCCCUAAA